AUGAGAGCUCUGUUCAGCGCUGUGAUCCUAUCGGUACUAUUUUCCCUGCGAAACCAAAACAAGGUGAAAUGUUAUAGGAUCCAGGGGAGGUUAGGUAGCUGUAAAAGGAGUGCAGCUGUCACCAUUUCUAAAAACACAGAUGAGUCCAAUAGCGAGAAUGCGCAGAACAACAGUUUGGUGAAAAGAAAAAAGAGGUAUUCCUUUACCCCCCUGAAGAGGAACACCAUAAAAGAUAUCAAAAGAAGAAUAAAAUUUAAUGAAAAAAAUGUUAGACCCCAAAAUGGAUCCUUUUAUAAAAAAAAAGACAUACAUAAAUCACUAAUCGAUGAUAUUAAUAAAGAGAUGCUAAAGGAAAGUAUCAAAUCAGUGGGGAUAAAUUAUGAAAGAGAGGAGAUAGCCAAACAUAAUAUCCUUCCGCUACCUGUGGAAGACAAAACGUCGGAAUGUUACAACUGCUUAGUGCUAUGUAAGGGUAUGCCAUUUCAUGUGGACACAGCUAGAAUUAGAGAAUUUUUCAACCCAUACAAACUUGUGGAGAAGUAUACAAUAUUUAUAAAAGACAAGAAAGGAAAUUUCUUCGGGGAUGUUAUGGUUAGAUUUACAAAUAAGAAGGAGAAACUCCUGGCAUUGAAAAAUAAAAAUUUUAAAUUCUUAAUGCACAGAUAUAUACAACUGUACAAUAUUAAUGAAGAACAUUACGAAGAAUAUUUUAACGUGGGUUAUAAGAAUCCUCCUUCAUAUAAGAAUUAUGUCCCCAUUAAAAAUGUGGUUGUGUCCAGUGCCCUCGAAGAUCUCGACCCACUUGCUGAGGAAAGAAGUACCGAUGGCGAUGGAACGUUAUCCAGUGUACAUCCCACUUCCGAUGAUAAGUACCAGUAUCACUCCUUCUUUUGUGACCCCCUAGAUAAUGAUGUAGAGACCAAAGAACUUAGAGAUAAGGUGAACAAGAAGGGCAUUCUCCUGAAGAGUAUAUACACCGGAAAAAAACUCAGAGGGAGAAUAACAUCUGUGCACCCUUAUGGCGUUUUCGUAGACUGUGAUGUGUACGUAAAGGACAAAAAUGGUAGAUUUAUAAAGAUUUUAGCUUUACUACAUAAGAAUAAACUAACCAUAAAUAUAGGUCUUCCCACGGAUCCUUUACCAGAACAAGAGGAGAAAGAAUUAAUACUACAAAAAAAUAUGAACAUCAUUGUGUACGUGGAUAAAAUUAUAAAACGGGAUAUCGAUCCUAGUGGAAGUAAUUCUAAAGAUGGAAAAAAUAAUUUAAUUUUUUUUAACCUCACCUUUGACUCCUCCAUAACGGAAGAGAAAAUUCAGUGGCUUCAGAGUCUCAAGUUGAAGAGGAAGUCCAUUGAGGAAAAAAUGAAAGCAUGCAAUGAUAGAUUUUUGAGCAUGUCUUCAGAGGGGGGUGUAACCGGAGGCUUGGGGGGUGGGGCGCCCGAAGUAAGGGAAAAGGAGAGCCCAUGGGAAGGGAACAAUCCGUCCAAAGUGGUGGGAACGGACAUAACUGAAGAGACAAACAAAUCAGAAGGAAUAACCGUUCUGAAAGGGGAAAAAAUGAGCAGUAGCCAAAAAUUGUGCAACGUGCAAAGCUGCAAAACGGAGGAAUUUUUUUCUUCGGAGGAGAAAGACGAAUCGAAAUUGAACAGCAGCUCCAAGAAUAAGAGAAACCACAACAGUAGGUCCAGCAAAAUAUACCUGAUGAGGGAUACACACUGUGAUUUUAAAUUUUUUGGGAGGAAAUGGAACAAACGGGGGAAUGUUAGAGGAAUGUUAAGCUUGAACAGCAACGGUGAAGCGGAACAAUCUGAGGGGAUACAGAACAAUGAGAAAAGAAAUCCAAAAGGAAGAAACAAAAUAAAGAAAAAAAAAAAAAAAAAAAAUUUAGACGACAGUGACGUUUAUGAUGAGGACGACAAUUUUGAUGAAAUUUUUAAACUCGAAGUGGGUGAUGCAGAGGGACAGGAGGAAGUGUACAGUGGGAAUGAAAACGUAGAUCGCGUAGCUGAUUCAGAAAAUGCGGCAAUCGAGCAGGACAGUCUCAGCGACGACAAAAAUAAGAGGAGCGAAAAGAAGGUGACUAACCACUAUAACGACGAAAUGAAAGGAAUUCUGGAUGACAUUUUUAGGAAGGAGGAAGACGGCGGAAGUCCUUCAAAAAAGGCUUCUAUGAAGGUACGCACUGAUAAGUGUAAUCAGGGCACCACUGUAGAACAGACACUUGGACAGUGCUUCGAAAACGUAAGUGAUAGAUCCAAAUGGAAAAACGACAUUCGAAAAGAGGAAUCCAUAUUUUAUUCGAAAAUGUUCGGACUGAAAACGGACAUAAACGACUUCUAUUCGGAUGGUUCACGGGGAAAGGACACUGAUGGUGUUGGGAGCAAUUCGGACAACAUGGAGGAGUUUAUGAAGCUCAGCGAAGGUGCAGGCGAAGGUGGGGACUCAUCAAAUGAUAUCCACUCGGAGACCAUAAAAUUUGAAGGUUUAGAAAGUUGGAUGGAGCAGGGAAAAAAGGACGAGAUGAUAGAGGAGGAGGAACUGGAAGGAGAGGAAGAACCCAUAAAGGAACAAGCGGGGGAGGAACUGGAACAAGGUGGAUUGAACAUGGAACAAGCUAAUGGGGACCCAAUGAAUUCAAUAAUUACGGGGAAAGACGGAGAGGCCCUCGAUUUUUCACACUUCGCAGAAAUGACAACAGAAGAACUGAAAAGUGAAAUAUACAAAAAGAAAUUUCUUCUUCCCAUAGACGUAUCAAGGGAGAGCCUAAAAAAUCGCCUAGUACAAAUAUAUAUUUGUGAAAAAAAUAAAAUAAAAUUUGAUAAUUAUCCAUUUAUUAGGUACUAUCUCUUCGACUUCAAUGUACCAGUGGAAGAUAUAAAACUGUUCGUUCUGGCAAAUAAAAAAUUUUUAAAUAAGAAAAACAUCAAUUUAAACCUUUUGAACUCCCUAAAUUUGAACGAAUUGAAGUACCUCCUUCAUAAGUCGAUGGAAAAUAUUCGGCUAUGGGAACCAGAAGAUAAAAUAAAAAGGAAAAUUCUAAAUUUGAAUAACGACCUUCUACAAAAGCAAAACAUGAAUAACGUAGAUGAUGUGGAUGCCAAUAAUUUACUCAUAUUGUGGAAUGACUUUAAGGAUUUUCUCCUAAAUUGUGUUUAUGGAAAUGACACCACGAGUGAUUCAUGGGGGGCAGACUUUAGAAAUUUAUCGACGACCAACUGCGAACCGACCACAUCGUACAGUACAAACAAUGCAAACACACAAAAAUAUUUGAACAGAAUGAAAAAUAUGGAAAAAGAAAACUUCUUUAUUGGGAAGAAGAUACCGGUCGAUGAUGAACUUGAAAAGCAAAUAAAUAAAAAGAAAAUGAAACAUAUGGACCCUUUUGAAAAUGCAUUAAGUACAUUAAAUAAGGAGCUUGAUGAAAACGAAGCGGAGCUGCCAGACAAGAUAAGCCUCAAAGAAGCCAUGAAAAUUCUGAACAACAGAAGUUACAUGAAGAAGAUUAAGCGAGCUCUCAAUAACGACUCAGACGAAAGGACAAAUGAAGAAUACAUUGACAAAAUUAUUAGUCUAAUUUUGAAACAUAAGAACUAUUUCAAGGAGAACCUGAGCGAGGCCAUCCUGAGGAAGAAACCCCACGAGGAGCUAAUUAUCCUCCUUGAUCAGCUGCCCGCCGAUCUUAUAGAAGACUUACUCUGA